AUGAGCACCAAGAUCCUCCGUGCAGCAGCAUGCCAUGUCUCACCAAUCUUCCUCUCGGCCACAAAAACAUCCGAGAAGGCAAACACCCUGAUCCACCGCGCCCACGCCAACAAAGCAAACCUGGUCGUCUUCCCCGAAACCUACAUCUCUGCUUUUCCCAUCUGGAGUGCUUUACGUGCACCCACCGAAAAUCACGAGCUGUACAAGCGCAUGGUUACAGAAUCCAUCCACAUCGAUGGCCCUGAGAUCGACUCCCUACGCACCACAGCCCAAAAACUAGGCAUUAUGAUCAGUAUAGGCAUAUCAGAAAAGGCUCGAUACAGCAGUGCCACACUCUGGAACGCGAAUGUAUUAAUCGGAAGUAAUGGAGAGAUACUGAACCACCAUCGAAAAUUACGACCUACAUUUUUCGAAAAAUUGACUUGGAGUUCUGGAGAUGGGCAUGGUUUACGGGUCAGCGAGACAGAGUAUGGCAAAAUUGGCAACUUGAUUUGCGGGGAGAACACAAAUCCAUUGGCAAGGUAUGCAUUGAUGGCUCAAGGAGAACAAAUCCAUAUCUCGACUUGGCCUGCUGUAUGGCCAACGCGAGCAUUGAAAGCAGAUACGGUUGCCACGGAAGAAAAGAACUACGAUAAUUUGGCUGCCAAUAGGACGAGAGCGGCUGCUCAUUGCUUCGAGGCAAAGUGUUUCGGCAUCAUCAAUGCUGCGUUCUUGGACAAAGCAGCAAUCGACAUCGUAGCAAAAGGUGCAAGUGAUGAAGUCGGCGUCAGACAAACGCUGCAGCUUUCUCAGAGAGCAGCUACGAUGUUUUUGGAUCCUACGGGUAUGUCGAAACCUGGGUUUGUUGUUGACCCAGAGACGGGGAAACAGCAAGAGACAGAGUUUUUGCAGGAUAGAGAGGAUAUACUUUACACGGAUAUGGAUGUGGAGGGGUGUGUGGAGGGGAAACAGUAUCAUGAUGUCGUUGGUGGGUAUCAAAGAUUGGAUGUUUUUGACUUGAAGGUCGAUCGUACUCGAAGGGAGCCAGCGAGAUUUGUAGAGGAAGUGUGGGACGACAAGGUCGAAUUCUGA